UUCAGACGGGAGUUGGUUAAACGCGUAUGUUAAAACUGGGACCGCCCUUGUAUAACUCCACGACAGGGCACCUCCCCGACUGCUAGUUUUGUAUUCCUCGGAGCACUUUCCGGUCUCUAGCGCUCCAAACUUUUUGCAAUACCUUUAAGUUCUGUAUGCUUUUUGUCCCAGAUUCCCGUACUCCAGGUUUUCGCUGAACUGAUAAAAUGCCUCUACGAGUUGUCAUGCAAGGUCCCGGACCAUGGGGGUUCCGUCUGGUUGGUGGGAAGGACUUCGAACAACCUUUAACUAUCUCACGGGUAACUCCUGGCAGUAAAGCCGCCCAGGCCGACCUGUGCAUUGGGGACAUGAUCCUGGCCAUUGAUGGACAGCCCACAGAGAACAUGACCCAUCUGGAGGCACAAAACAAGAUCAAGGGCUGCCUAGAAGAAAUGGUUUUGUCCAUUGACAGGUCUGAAUCUAAAAUGUGGUCCCCACUGACAUCAGAGGAGGGAAAGACGCAUCCCUACAAGAUGAACUUGGCUUCCCAGCCUCAGGAGGUGAAACCCAUUGGCUCUGCUCACAACCGGAGCGCUCUACCAUUUGCCUCCUCCGGCUCCAGUCCUACAGUGGUCACAAAUCGGUACAACAACCCAUCUGGCCUGUACUCUUCCGAGAAUAUCAAGAGUUUUAACAGCGCUGUGGAUGAUGUCAAGGCUAGCGCUGCCCCCACUGAGCCCAGCAAAAACCCAGAGCCCUCCAAAUCCAACCCUGCAAGGCCUGCUGUAGCUGCUGACUCUGAGGUUUUAAAAAUGCUGCAGGAGAAUCAGGAGUCAGAUGAGCCGCCGCGACAGUCUGCUUCAUUCAAAGUGCUGCAGGAGAUCCUGGAGUCAGGAGACUCAGACAAGCCCUCUGGAUUCAGGAGCGUCAAAGCGCCAACUACAAAAAUCGGCUCCUCUGUUGGUAAUGCUGAGAAAUUACCUGUAUGUGACAAAUGUGGAUCAGGAAUUGUGGGUAUGUUGGUGAAGCUGAGGGACAAGUUCCGCCACCCUGAGUGUUACGUCUGCUCAGACUGUGACAUUAACUUGAAGCAGAAGGGACACUUUUUUGUGGAGGAUAAGAUCUACUGCGAGAAACACGCCAGGGAACGGGUGACUCCACCUGAAGGCUACGACGUCGUCACUGUCUUCCCAAAAUAGACCGGACACGUCUAUGCUUCGCAGUGACAUCAGGAAAGUUCUUCCACAAACUACACAUUUCUCCAAGGCUCAAGAAAAGCUUACUUUGAUCAGAAGUGAUCAAAGGGCUGUUAUACUCUUGCAUAUUUUUCUUUUUUUUCCACAAAUGAACCCUGUGGUUUCAAAAACAUGUUAGGAUGGCCCAUUGCAAAAACAAUGCUUAAUUUAUAAGUUGUUAGAGCACAUAGAAGAUGUCAUUUGACACUUGUAGCUUCAGUGAGUUUUACCAUUAGUUGAAAUCGAGAUGGUAAUUUGGACUUGUUCUUUAAGAGCUUUAUUGAGAGGGAGACUUUGAAUAGGAGAAUUUAUGCUUUAAGAACAAGGUUAACCUCUUAUGUGUCAUAAUGCAGUAUACAAAUUCUGUGCUUACUACUGCCAGCUUUGGCACAGCUAUCUAUUUUUAUACAGAACAACAUUGUAUCUCAUUUCAAAACUGUAAAACUCCAUACUGUAAAAAUGCCACUAAAUAAAUCUCUUUUAAUUUCAAAGUUGUUUUUUUCUUUCCU